AUGCAAGCUUUUAGAAGUGUACUUGAUGAUUGCAAUUUGAUUGAUUUGGGAUUUGAGGGCCAGAAGUAUACAUGGUGUAACAGAAGAUAUGAGUAUGGGGUGGUUAGUGAAAGACUGGACAGGUUUGUUGCUACUCCCAGCUGGAAAGCAUGUUUUCCCCUUUCUCGAGUUGUGCAUGGUGUUGCUGCAUCUUCUGAUCAUUUGCCUAUCAUAUUUGUACCAAGCACUGCUGAUAAUGAAUAUAGGCAUAAGCUCUUUAGAUUUGAGGCAAUGUGGGUGGAGGAUGACGAAUGUGGUGAAGUUAUUUCAAGAUGUUGGCAAGGAACUCAUGAAAAUAGGCCUAUUGGUUCUAUUAUUGAUAGACUGAGCAUAUGCAGUAAGGGAUUGGAGGCAUGGAACAAACAGAAGUUUGGGCAUGUGAAACAGCAAAUCAAAAGGGCUCGAGAGUCUCUUCAAAGAUUACAGUUAGCUGAACCAAGUAGUAUAACAAGAGAAGAAAUGAUGAAGGCUUAG